CAUACAUGUUUGGAACAACUUAAGGGUGAUUAAAUGAUGACAAAAUUAUUAUUUUUGGGUGAACUAUCCCUUUAAGAAAUGUAAAUAUGUUUUAUGGUCAAACACAAUCAAUUCAUUCAUCUAUAAAAUAAAGUAUAUUUCUAUUUAGAAUACAUAACUACUUGUUCUGUUUGGACCUGUGUGUGGCAUUAUUUAACAAGCCAUCUGGAGUGAAACUGAUGAGCAUUGACAGCAGGUGGUUGAUGCUGGAAACAAAAUGUCGUGGUGUUUCAGUCCACUAGGUGGCGCGUUCACUGUGUUGUAUCUGUGAAAGCAGCGCCUCCCUGACAGAGCUUCAUAUUCUCAGAGAUCCAUCAGGAGAUCAUAAACGGCUCUCAAGGACUUUCACUUUAUCGAGAUGCUGGAUGCUCGUUCCUUGACAUCUAUUUUUCCUCUUGUAAGAAACGCUUGGAAAUAUCUCUGCGGUUCAAGGGCUUCAACUAGCUUUGUUUUGUUUGGCUGAACACCUGUUUGACCUGCUGUUACAAAACUAUUGAUUUUAAAAAAUGGAAACUAGCGAUGUUCAUCUAAAAGAGAGACCAGUGAGUGGGACGACGCUUGAUGUUAAUUCUACAAGUACGCCUUAAAAUACUGGAUUUAUCAGGUUUGGAUAUUUUCAAGGGAUAUACUACUUACUGGAAAACGCAAUGGAAAUGCAAUUUUUAACUGUAUUUUGUUUGCUCAUUAGUUGUGAACUCUCAGUAGUUCUCGCGAGUAGCAACAAAACGACUGAUUUAACGUCAAAAAUUGUUUCAUCCUACAAAGUGCGUAAAGUUAACACAAACAGCCAUGAACGACGUGUGACGUUAAAUAAAAUCCGUUAUGAUUUAAUUUACCUCCUUGCUGGUAAGGAAACUACAGAUGUGAUUUCAUUGGCCGGUACUACAAAACAUUUAAUGGUGAGCGCAUCUUCCAGACAGAAGUACGAAAAAACUAAUGUAAUGGACAAUAGCAACACAAAAACAUUUCUGAGGGAAAUAAACAGCGGGAUUCAUCGUCGACGAGAAAGAGCGACGGCGGGAGAUGAAGGCAUCGAAUCUCCGGAGAAUGAACUCGAGCGCGUGGAGUCACUGCCGAAGCAUGUAGCACAGAUCCAGCCUUCAGGCUUUCCUACUGAUGUCACGUCUGUUCCUGAAUGGGGCACCUCACCUGUGGAAGACUUUGAGGAAGUCUUCACUCCGUUCAUUCCCCUUAACACACGACCAAAAACCCCUGGGGUGAAGAAUCCGUUUUUCCCCGUGACAGGUGAAUCGUAUGGUGCAUAUGCUGUCAUGUGCAUCUCCAUCGUCAUUUUCACUGUGGGGAUUGUUGGGAAUAUAGCAAUCAUGUGCAUAGUGUGCCACAAUUACUACAUGAGAAGCAUUUCAAACUCAUUGCUGGCCAACCUCGCCCUGUGGGAUUUUAUCAUCCUCUUUUUCUGCUUGCCACUUGUUAUAUUCCACGAACUCACUAAGGAUUGGCUCCUUGGGGAAAUCUCCUGUAAAAUCAUUCCAUACAUUGAGGUGGCGUCUUUAGGAGUAACUACCUUCACUCUUUGUGCUUUGUGCAUUGACCGUUUCCGUGCCGCGAGCAACGUCCAGAUGUACUACGAGAUGAUCGAGAACUGCACCUCCACUGCAGCCAAGCUAAUGGUGAUUUGGAUCGGCGCUCUGCUCCUCGCCCUGCCCGAGCUUCUAAUCCGGCAGCUGGUGAGAGAGGACCGUGAGCCUCCGGAAGUGACGCCUUGCGAACACUGCGUGGUCCGAAUCUCCACGGCUCUCCCGGACACGCUUUACGUCCUCGGACUCACCUACAACAGCGCUCGUCUCUGGUGGUACUUCGGCUGCUACUUCUGCCUUCCCACUCUCUUCACCAUCAUCAGCUCAGUGGUGACCGCACGCAAGAUCCGCAAGGCCGAACGCGCCAGCGUCCGAGGCAACCGCAAGCAGAUCCAAUUGGAGAGCCAAAUGAACUGCAUUGUUGUUGCUCUGGCUAUCCUAUACGGAUUUUGUGUCAUUCCGGAGAACAUCAGCAACAUCGUAUCGGUGUACAUGGCUACAGGUGUGCCGCGUCGCACGCUGGAUAUCCUGCAUCUGGUGAGUCAGAUGAUGCUGUUCUGCAAGUCCGCGGUUACACCGGUGCUGCUUCUGGCUCUCUGUCGGCCCUUCAGCAAAGCCUUUCUGGACUGCUGCUGCUGCUGCUUUGAGGAGUGCGGCCCACCAAAGUCCUCGGACCCCAACAGUGACGACAACGAUCAGGACGGCACCACCGAGCUGGAGCUUUCACCCUACAGUACUGUAGGGUGCAGGGAUCCAUCUACCUUCCCAAUAGCGGGAACUCACUGCUAAGGUUGUACCUUACCUAAGGGGUACACAUUAGUUUUGUGCA